AUGGAGGACAGUGCCCCCGAGAACUUCUGCAUGGGUGUGGGCACAGGCCUGCAGAUUGACCAGGACGGGCUCACCCUGCCAGAGAGGACCCUGUACUUAGCUCAGGAUGAGGAGAGUGAGAAGGUUGGAGCAGAANCAUACCGGGUGUUCAUGGAGCGUCUGCUCAGCCUGCUGGGUGCCGAUGCAGUGGAGCAGAAGGCCCAGGAAAUCCUGCGGCUGGAGCAGCAGCUGGCCAACAUCACCGUGUCAGAGUAUGAUGACCUCCGGCGAGACGUGAGCUCCAUGUACAACAAGGUGACGCUGGGGCAGCUACAGAAGAUCACCCCCCACCUGCGGUGGAAGUGGCUGCUGGACCAGAUCUUCCAGGAGGACUUCUCGGAGGAGGAAGAGGUGGUGCUGCUGGCCACAGACUAUAUGCAUCAGGUGUCCCAGCUUAUCCGCUCCACCCCCCGCAGGAUUCUGCACAACUACCUGGUGUGGCGUGUCGUGGUGGUCCUGAGUGAGCACCUGUCAUCACCAUUCCGUGAGGCGCUGCAUGAGCUGGCACGUGAGAUGGAGGGCAGCGACAAGCCACAGGAGCUGGCCCGUGUCUGCCUGGGCCAGGCCAACCGCCACUUUGGCAUGGCGCUCGGUGCUCUCUUUGUGCACGAGCACUUCUCAGCCUCCAGCAAAGCCAAGGUGCAGCAGCUGGUUGAAGACAUCAAGUACAUCUUGGGCCAGCGCCUGGAGGAGCUGGACUGGAUGGAUGCUGAGACCAAGGCAGCUGCUCGGGCCAAGCUCCAGUACAUGAUGGUGAUGGUCGGCUACCCAGACUUCCUGCUGAAACCCGAGGCGGUGGACAAGGAGUAUGAGUUUGAGGUCCAUGAGAAGACUUACUUCAAGAAUAUCUUGAACAGCAUCCGCUUCAGCAUCCAGCUGUCAGUCAAGAAGAUUCGGCAGGAGGUGGACAAGUCCACGUGGCUGCUUCCACCACAGGCGCUCAAUGCUUACUAUCUACCCAACAAGAACCAGAUGGUGUUCCCUGCCGGCAUUCUGCAGCCAACGCUCUACGACCCUGACUUCCCACAGUCUCUGAACUACGGGGGCAUUGGCACCAUCAUCGGGCAUGAGCUGACCCAUGGAUAUGAUGACUGGGGGGGCCAGUAUGACCGCUCAGGGAACCUGCUGCACUGGUGGACGGAGGCCUCCUACAGCCGCUUCCUACGCAAAGCUGAGUGCAUUGUCCACCUCUACGACAACUUCACCGUCUACAACCAGCGGGUGAAUGGGAAACACACGCUUGGUGAGAACAUCGCAGACAUGGGCGGCCUCAAGCUUGCCUACUAUGCCUAUCAGAAGUGGGUGCGGGAGCAUGGCCCGGAGCACCCGCUGCAUCGGCUCAAGUACACACACAACCAGCUCUUCUUCAUUGCCUUUGCCCAGAACUGGUGCAUCAAGCGGCGGUCGCAGUCCAUCUACCUGCAGGUGCUGACCGAUAAGCACGCACCUGAGCACUACAGGGUGCUGGGCAGCGUGUCCCAGUUCGAGGAGUUCGGCCGGGCCUUCCACUGUCCCAAGGACUCACCCAUGAACCCUGCCCACAAGUGCUCUGUGUGGUGAGCCUGGCUGCCCACCUGCACGCCCCCUCUGCCCUGCACGAAUUGCCUCCUGCUGGCUGCCGGGGCAGGCAUGCACCCGGUGCUGGCCCCCCUCUGGGCACCACCCGCCUCCUCAGCCCCUCAAGGAUACAGUCCUUUGCUGUUCCUCAUCUCAGGAGGGGCCUGGAGCAGGGGUGGGGCUGGGCUCCUGGGGGGACAUGGGGGAGAGACACUGGGGUCCCUGGACCCGCCCUCACCGCCCCGCUCCCCACAAGGCUGGAUUGUACAGGCCUCACCUUUGCUGUGUUCUUGCUGCUAAGUCUGGUCAAUAAAUCCUCUGUACUGUU